ACUUCUUUUUAACGCACCCCGGAGGAGCGCUACACUACAGCCCGCCUCCCUGGCGCUCCGCUUUCCGCUAUAAGCGCUGCGCUCCAGAAGGACCUACCGCUAGUAUCACUAGUUCACUCACAUAUAUAUAUAUAGCCGCGUCGAGGGAUUGGGCAUUGGCUGCUAGUUCAGCGCUUGGUAGAACAAGUGUGUAAGUGCAGAUAGAUAAAUAAAUGGUAGGGCAGGAAGUGUGAGGCUCUACACACCGACGCGUGCGAGAGGAGUGACGAACCGACCUGUUCUCUGCGCUCUAUUGCACACUAAUUACGCAGGAUGUAUUAUCCUCCAGGAGGUAUGGCCCCUCCGGUGUUAAAUUACCAGGGUCUCAACGCUCCGCCCGCCAGCUUCUACGGCACUGUGCCAGGCUAUGAGGGAACCAUGCCCGGGACUGCAGGGGGAUUCCUUCCUCCACCUAUUCCUGCCGUUGCCCCACCUCAACCAAGACCGGAUGAACCAAACUGGACCAUUCCAUUAAUGAGUAAGGACGCAGCCCACGCUGCCUUCAAGGAGUAUGUGUCGGGUAAAUGCUGCUACGGCUCGGGCCCGGCUGACGAGGGAGUGAUCACAAAUAUGGAGGCGCUGAACACGUACAGGUACCGCCUCGAGACUUUCACAGAGUCAAGGUCCACGGAGUGGAAUCACGAGCCGUUCAAUGGUCAACCCAUUGAUGCAUACAUGCAACCCGCGCCAGGUCCCUGGGCUAUUCCCGUCCAGCCCCCCUCCGUGUUUCAAGACAGCACCCAAGUCGUUAAAGUUCCCUACACCUCAUCUGUGAAGGACUGCCACGACUGUCAGGGCAAAGGAAAAACGCCCUGCAAAAACUGCUCCGGUGCCGGAAAUAGAGUCUGCAGUUUUUGCAACGGCUCUGGGACCUCAUCUGGGGAGGAGAGAUGCAACCACUGCAAAUCAAAUGGCAGGGUAAACUGCUCGGAUUGUAAAGGUGAAGGAGUGAAUCUGUGCGACACUUGUAAAGGGAAACGGCAGCUACUGGUGUUCAUCAACCUCAAAGUCCAAUGGACUAAUAAUAAAUCUGAGUUUGUUGAGGAGCAGUCCAGUGGUCUGAAGAUGGACAAACUGAGUAAAGUUACUGGGAAGGAACUCUUCAAAGACACCCAGUAUAUGGUCUACCCAUUGAUGGGCUUCCCGGAUCCGGCUGUGAAUCAGGCUGCUGAUCGUCUUGUGAAGGAGCAUCACACUCAGUUCUCUCAAACAGCCCGCAUUCUCCAACAGCGACAAACUGUUGAAUUGAUUCCUGUCACAAAGGUAGACUAUAAGUGGAAGGAGGCCUUUCACAGCUACUUGGUCUACGGGAACGAAAAUAAGGUCAACGCUGAUGACUAUCCAGAUACCUGCUGCUGCACGAUAAUGUAGUCCAGAGUAACUAAAUGCAUUAAUUUUUAAAUAUGCAUGAAGAAUUCAUGCAUCACAUUAGUGAAAUGAUGAAAUACAUUUACAUAUAUAUGUAUGCAUUACAACCGUGUCAACAUAUAUAUCUUUUUCCAGCAUAUACCUUUUUAAUGUGAUAGCAUUAUACAUAUAUUGAACAAAGAUGGCUAUGCUGUUAUGCAAACUGCCUGUAUGUUGACUUGCCUGUUGAUCACACGGUUAUUGUCUUUUCCACCAUUACUAAUAUGAAUUAUUAACAUUUGAGAAACAUUUUACAUUAUUUAAAAUGUCACUAGCCCAUGCUUCAAAUGUGUUUGUAGGAAAAUGGAAAAAUCUGACAUGCUUAUGUAGGCCUUUGUAGUUUUAGAAAAACUGAAAUGUUUUUGUCAUAAAUAAAAUG